GAAACUUUUAUGAAGGGGCGAGCACAAGGGCCCCUCCGUGCCUACCGUCCCUGGCCAGAUCACUGUGAGAAGCGCCUCGAGUCCUCCUGGUGCCUCCGCUGAACUAGACCCACCAAUCUAUUUCUGACCUGGAAGGAAGACGUCCGCCCCCCCCCCGCCCCGCCGCCGCUCCUCCUCCUGGCAGCCCCCCCCCGUUACUCCAGGAAGGCCAGGAAAAGAGGAGGAGCCCCCGAAACGUUUUAAAGCUGAAUCGGGGGCAUCCCAAGCCACAAAGCUCAGACCAACGUGUCUCAAACCUGCCAACUUUGCAACUGGUGGAGUUUCUUUCUGCAUCUUUUCAAGGGCUGAGCUUAUUUUUUGGCUGGGAAAUUCUGGGGCUCCCAAAUCCAUACAUCUUGAAUAGAAUAGAAUAGAAUAGAAUAGAAUAGAAUAGAAUAGAAUAGAAUAGAAUAGAAUAGAAUUUAUUGGCCAAGUGUGGUUGGACACACAAGGAAUUUGUCUUCCGUGCAUAGGCUCUCGGUGUACAUAAAAGAAAAGCUACGUUUAUCAAGAAUCAUAAGGUCCAACACUUAAUGAUAGUCACAGGAUACAAAUAAGCAAUCAGGAAACAAUAUCAAUAUAAAUCAUAAGGAUACAAGCAACAAAGUUACAGUCAUACAGUCAUAAGUGGGAGGAGAACCAUGAGAAGAUUAAUAGUAGUGCAGACUUAGAAAAUUUAGUAAAAAGAAACACUGGCUGAGAUUGUGCCGGUAUUGUACCACCAGAAGUAUUUCAGAAACAAUCCUGAUACAAGACAGCCAGUCUGUGUGUUUAACAUGGGGACAUUUAUCAUACAUAGAUAUCAAUAAAUGCAUUUCAAUCAAUGGAUGCUUCGCAGGAGGGUUCAAACUCCCCCGGGGGCUUUACACACCGAAGGAGAAUGUCCUGUCCUCUGGGCAAAGCUGAGAAGGUUUCAAGUCCAUUUGUGACCAUCAUCCUCAAAUUGCCUGUGUGUCCAAGUUUGAGAACUUGGUUUAGUGUAAUGUGUGAAUCUGGAAUGCUGUAAAGAUGAGCAUUCACUAGAAGGAUUUCACCCUGAAAACUGCAGGAAACACAACCAGAUGAAUAAUUCAAUUUUAUUGUAAAGCUUUAUUUUAUUUUAUUUUAUUUUAUUAUUUUAUUUUAUUUAUUAUUGCAAAGAACAUUGUAAAUACUGAAUUCUUAUACACACACACACCCCAAACAAACUUUUGCUCUACGGGCCAAGAAACUAGGGAUGAAGGUUCAAGUGGUUUUCUAGAUUUUUGCAGGAAAGAUGUGGAAGCUGGAAAUUUAGGGUACCUCAGAUGAUAGAUACAUCCAGAACAACUGAAGACUGAAAAAGCCAACGUUUGUAAGCAGAUGUUUUCUAGUAUGAUACAGACUAGAAACGCCUUAAACUCCACUGGGUCAACUAUGGGACCCCCCAAGAAGUUUUUCUUGGCUUCCUCCAGGUUGAAUUGAAACCAAAAUCUGACUUCUAAUAGCUGAGAAGUUCUGUAGGGCUAAUUAUGAGGGGUGGCAGCAGGUUGGAAGACCCUGAUCUCCAGCUCCUCUCCUUGCAAAUCUCUGUACCUUUAUGAGCAAGUGAUCCAAUACCUGAAGCAGGUGAGCUGUUCUUUUAACUUCCCUCCAGGCCAAGGCCCUUCACCUGUUUCUCUUAAAGGGCUGGAAAUGGGGCCUGUUCCAAACGCAGAACUCAAAAGGAGCUUUGAGAAAAACCUGGAGAGACUCAGCUGCAGAAACCCAGAGAGGACCUUUGUGGGGGGAAAAGCCCAGGAGGCUGACAUGAAUGUUUCCCCCCCUCCAGCUCCAACCUGCAAUAAAAGGGGCUCAUGAAAACUCAACUCCCCCCAGAGGACUCAAACCUAAGGCUGCAGGACGAUUCUGCUCCCAGCAGGACCAGUCCUGGAGAGAGAUCCAGGAGGGGUUUAACCAAAUAAUUAGGAGCUCAUUGGCAGAGAGGAAAUCACCAAAGGCUCUUAUUUAUUGGAGGGGUGAUUGUGGAAGCUAUAAGGAAGCAGCCUGAUCCAUUUUUGAGAAACAGGGUGGGGGGGCAUUUUUGGUGAAGGCACAAUGGAUACGGGAAAGAUCUCAGAAUACCUUCCCGAUGCAGCUACCUGUACUUUAUGCAUGAAUGUGUUCCACGACCCGGUGACUUUAACCUGUGGCCAUAACUACUGCCACGCUUGCAUCCAGACGCACUGGGGAGGGGCUCAGAGCAACGUGGUUUGCCCUCAGUGCCAGCAGAGUUUCGAGAAUGUGACCCUGACGGCCAACAGGCAACUGGGCAAUGUUGCCUGGCUCAUCAAGAAGCUGCAAGACAAGGGAGUGUUGAAAAAACCCAACCGGGGAGUUUGCGAGGCCCACAAACAGCGGCUGAUAGUCUUCUGCCAAAAGGACCAGGCUCUCCUCUGCACCGAGUGUCAGAAGUCCCAGGAUCACACGGACCAUGUCCUGGCUUCUCUGGAAGGAGCAGCCCAAACCGCCAAGACUGAAGUCCGAGUGCUUCUGGACCUUCUGAAAAUUCAGAAAGCCCACAUCCGAGACAGCUUUUCAAACGGGCGAAUGGAAAAAGAAAACCUGGAGAAACUUAUGGACCGUGACAGUCAGAACUUUAGCUCGGGAUAUAAGGAGGUGUAUGAGAUGGUGAAGACGGUUCAGACGGACCAGAUGAGGACAGCCAAAGGGAUCGGUGAGGAGAUCGAGCAAGAACUGAGCAUCCUAUCUAAGAACCACCACGAAGUCCGGGCCUUCGUGAAGGAGCUGGAGAGGAAGUUUGAAGAACCUGCUUAUGAAUUCCUGAAGGAUAUCAAAGAGGUGAAGGCCAGGUGCAAAGAACUUCUGGUUCAGCGUCCCGAAGGACUCUUCCCUCCCUUCAAAGAGAAAAUGUGGGAUUUCUCCCUCAGAAGUCUUUUUGUGCACAAUACGUUGAAGAGGUGCAAAGAUGCCCUUCCGCUGGUAUCCGUGUGGGAAAGAGCCGACGUGACUAUGGACCGCCUGACUGCUCAUCCCCACCUGCUGCUGUCUGCCUCCAAGAAGAUCGUGACCCACGAUGCCACCCCCAGCGGCCUGCUCCCUGGCCGCCGGGCUUUCGACACCAUGCCCUGCAUCCUGGCAGAGAAGGGGUUCACAGCAGGGCGGCACUGCUGGCAGGUGGAGGUGACCUCGAGUGGGCAGGGCUGGGCCUUCGGGGUGAUGAAGGACUCAGUUUGCAGGAAGGGGCCGGUGGCCAUCUCCGCGGACGAAGGCAUCUGGGCGCUGCUGCCUGAGCACCUGCCCCCUGCCGAGCCCAAGUCUGGCACCUGCCGCUUCCGCCUCUACCUGGACUACGAGGGUGGUACUGUCCAUUUCUUUGAUGUGGCAACGCGGGAGCCGGUGGUGCUGCUCUCCUACGCUGUCUUCCUGGGCGAGAAGAUCUUCCCCUUCUUCAAGCUGGAGGAACCCAACUCCCAGAUGUACAUUGUGCCCUGAGUGCGGCCGCACCUAGGGGUGGGGGAGGUGGGGGCUGGCAGAGGUCUCCUGCCCGAGGGCGCUUUAGGUCUUUUAACACAGGGGUGGGGCGGGGAGAUUUGGCACAAUUCGGAAAAUGCAAUGAAUAAAGGUGAUUACGUUUUUAAUCCCAGAGUUUGAGGGUAUUUUCUUUCCCCCUGGGAGCAGGGCCAUGGUGGAAGAACAGGUGGGGCCGUCAGCCAGCUGGAGUUGCCCUUUCAGGGGAGGGAGGAGCAUGUGGGGGGGCUGCUGGUCCUCUAAUGGGGGAGCCCCCAUUGCACCAGCUGCAGUGCCUGCCUUCUUCCUCCCUCUGGCAGAUGAAGGGGUUGCGACCCCCGUCAGCAACUUCUUGGCUUCUGUCCUGACCGGACCCUCUGGGCUCGACUCCUGGGAGGACCGGCAGGAAACCCCCAGGCCACUCAAGGGGGGCGAGCCUUCGGCCAGAGGGGAGGCACCUUCUGGGUUCUGGGGGCUGCCCCCCUUUCAUCCAAUGGAGAUGAAUGGAAGU